AUGGCUGGCGAUCUCGUUCUUCUCACCGGUGCCACUGGCAUGAUUGGCUUCAAGACUCUUGUCGAAGUUGUCAAAGCUGGUUACAAGGCCCGCGUCGCCGUCCGAAACCAAGCUGGUUAUGAUCGUAUCACCGGCCUCAAGUCUCUUGCCCCUUAUGUUUCACAACUAGAGAGCAUCAUUGUGCCUGAAAUUACAAUCCCUGGUGCUUAUGAUGAGGCAGUCAAGGGUGUAAAGUAUGUUAUUCACGUCGCUUCUCCCCUGGCUCUUCCGGUUGAGGGCGAAGAGGCAUACCAGACCCAGAUCAUCCAGCCCGCCAUCCAGGGCACAGUUGGCAUCCUUGAGUCUGCGAACAAGGUGUCAGGCAUCGAGAAGAUUGUCAUCACAGCCUCUGUCUUGUCUGUCGCCUCCAUUGUGGGUAUGGCUACAGGAACCAAGGUCAAUGAGAAAACUCGUGCCACUAGCACCGAAGGCCCCUUUGCCUCCAGCAUCUUCGCCUAUGAAGCCUCCAAGGCCCUUGCUUUCCAGGCCACCGAGAAGUUCAUCGCCGAAAAGAAGCCCGCCUUUGACGUUAUUAACAUCCUCCCCGUCUUCGUCGUUGGUCGCGAUGACACCGUCACUGAUGUUUCCAACAUCGCCAAGGGCACUAACGGAUUUAUGAUGGGCCCUCUCCUGGGCCAUGCUCGUGAUCAGCCUCUCCUUGGCGUUGCUGUCCACGUUGACGAUGUCGCCAACAUGCACGUGCUUGCUUUGAAGCCUUCUCUCAAGGGCAACCACGACUUCCUUGCCUGCUCACACCCAAAUGAAGUGGUUGACUGGGCAGACUCCUUUGAGAUUGUCAAGAAGCGCUUCCCGGAGGCUUACGCUAACGGAGCAUUCAAGUUCGAGUCUAUUCCCCGACCUGUUUCCGUCCCGGCAUAUGUCGACUCAACAAAGGCCGAGAAGGCUCUGGGCUUCAAGUUCAAGUCAUUUGAGGAGCUGACUGUCUCAGUUGUGGAGCACUAUCUCGAGCUCAUUGGCAGCAAGUAA